UUAAGAAUUACUCUAAAAUAUGGGAAACCUUUGUAAUAAAGAACCUGCUGUUGCUGGAAUCGUUGACAAUGUUCCUGCCUAUUACAAUAGAGGCAUUAACUUUAGAUCUAAUUACAUUACUAUUGAUAAUAGAUAACUCUUUACUGGCAUGAGGUUUAUACUAUUCUAACUAUACCUAUAGAUUCUAAUGUGUAGAAUAUGCAAGAAGAUAUCUAAUACUUACCAAAGGUGUACUCUUUGGUGAUGUUAACUGUGCUUAUCAUAUUUUUGAUCUCCACACUGUUACCGAUGUUCUUACUUAAUAACAGAGAUAGUUUCAAUCCAUUCCUCAAGGCAGUCCUAUCCCACCAUAAAAAGGAGAUCUUGUCAUCUAUUAAAAAAGUUCAAAAUAAUGGUGGGGACAUGUUGCUGUUGUUACCAAUGUUGAUGGAAAUCUUGUUGAUCUAGCUGAAUAAAAUUAUGAUGAAGAUUGGGAUCAUUGUAACUAUGCAAGAUAAGUUCUCUUAAAAAAAGAAGCCAACAAUUACUUUCUUACAAACAUCAGACAAUAUAAACCCCAUUCUUGGGAUUUGAAUGAAAAUAUUAUUGGAUGGAAAAGAGUUAUUUGAAAUUUAUUAUAGCC